AUGGCACAGAAAGGAGUUCAGCUGGACCGAGAAACCCUCUGUUGUUCCAUCUGUUUGGAUCUACUGAAGGAUCCGGUGACUAUUCCCUGUGGACACAGUUACUGCAUGAACUGUAUUAAAAGAUUCUGCAAUGAAGACUGGAAGAUCCACAGCUGCCCUCAGUGCAGGAAGACUUUCACACGGAGGCCUGUCCUGGAGAAAAACACCAUAUUAGCAGUUUUAGUGGAGCAGCUGAAGACUGGACUCCAAGCUGCUCCAGCUGAUCACUGCUAUGCUGGACCUGAAGAUGUGGCCUGUGAUGUCUGCACUGGGAGGAAGCUGAAAGCCACCAAGUCCUGUUUAUCUUGUCCAGCCUCUUACUGUGAGAAACACCUCCAACCUCACUAUGAUGCAGCUCCAUUAAAGAAACACAAGCUGGUGGCCCCCUCCAAGAAGCUCCAGGAGAACAUCUGCUCUCGUCAUGAUGAGGUGAUGAAGAUUUUCUGUCGUACUGAUCAGCAGAGUAUCUGUUAUCGCUGCACAAUGGAUGAACAUAAAGGCCAUGAAACAGUCCCAGCUGCAGCAGAAAGGACUGAGAAGCAGAAGGAGCUCGAGGUGAGACGACUAAACAUCCAGCAGAGAAUCCAGGACCGAGAGAAAGAUGUGAAGCUGCUUCAACAGGAGGUGGAGGCCAUCAAUGGCUCUGCUGAUAAAGCAGUGGAGGACAGUGAGAAGAUGUUCACUGAGCUGAUCCGUCUGAUCCAGAAAAGAAGCUCUGAUGUGAAGCAGCAGGUCAGAUCCCAGCAGGAAACUGAAGUGAGUCGAGUCAAAGAGCUUCAGGAGAAGCUGGAGCAGGAGAUCGCUGAGCUGAAGAGGAAAGACGCCGAGCUGGAGCAGCUCUCACACACAGAGGAUCACAACCAGUUUCUACACAACUACCCCUCACUGUCAGCACUCAGUGAGUCUACACACUCAUCCAGCAUCAAUAUUGGUCCUCUGAGGUACUUUGAGGAUGUGACAGCAGCUGUGUCAGAGACCAGAGAUAAACUACAGGACAUCCUGAGAGAGGAAUGGACAAACAUCUCACUGACAGUCACUGAGGUGGAUGUUUUACUGUCACCAUCAGAGCCAAAGACCAGAGCUGGAUUCUUACAAUAUUCACGUGAAAUCACACUGGAUCCAAACACAGCAUACAGAUAUCUGUUAUUAUCUGAGGGAAACAGAGAAGCUGCUUUAAUGGAACAACAUCAGUUUCAAUCUGAUCAUCCAGACAGAUUCACUGAAUGGUGUCAGGUCCUGAGUAGAGAGAGUCUGACUGGACGUUGUUACUGGGAGGUGGAGUGGAGCGGGGAAGGCGUUAACGUAGCAGUUGCAUACAAGGAUAUCAGGAGAGCAGGGAGCUCAAAUGAAUGUGGAUUUGGAUUCAAUGACAAAUCUUGGUCACUAUGUUGUGAGACAAACAGUUAUAUCUUUUUCUACAACAAAGUCCAAACUGUCCUCUCAGGUCCUCGGUCCUCCAGAGUAGGAGUGUACCUGGAUCACAGAGCAGGUAUUCUGUCUUUCUACAGCGUCUCUGAAACCAUGACUCUCCUCCACAGAGUCCAGACCACAUUCACUCAGCCGCUCUAUGCUGGUAUUUGCUAUUUAGAUUAUGGAGCCACUGCUGAUUUGGUUAAAGUGAAAUAG